AUGGCGUUACUUCUUCUCUUUUCCACGAUCUUCUCCAUCUCCAAUUUCAUCUCCAGCGCCCAAAACACCAAUGCAAGUGCCUGUAAGUGCUCCAAUCCAAGCGAGUCCUGCUGGCCCAGCGCCGACGCCUGGAAAGCCCUCAAUUCCUCCAUCGCUGGCCGGCUCCUCGUCCCAAUCCCUGCCGCCCUCCCCUGCUACAAGGACACCUUUGACAACGCUUCGUGCUCCAUCGCCAUGUCCCGAUGGUCCGACCCGAGCUGGCGGAUCGACCAAGCCGCCGCCGUCCAGUACGCCAACUGGGAGCUCCUGGGCGAGGACGGCUGCCCGCUCAACACCACCGCGGCCAAGAACGGGCAGUGCCGGCGCGGGAAUCUUCCAGAAUAUUCGGUCCGCGCGGCCACCGCCGGCGACGUCCAGGCGGCCGUGCGCUUCGCGGCGAAGUACCGCCUGAAGCUCAAGGUCAGAGGUGGCGCGCACAGCUACCACGGUCAAAGUACGGAAGCCGGGUCAAUGGUCGUCUGGACCCGGGACCUGAGGAACAUCAGCUUCAGCGACGACUUCAGGCCGGCGGGUUGCAGUGCUGGUCAACGCGGUCAGAGUGCGGUCAAGGUUCAUGCAGGUGAUGUUUGGGAGGAUGUUUACCGUGCGGCAGACACACGGAAAGUUGUUGUUGUCGGGGCGAUGUCGGGAACAGUGGCAGCGGCAGGGGGCUAUGUUCAAGGUGGCGGGCAUGGCCCGAUCUCCCACAUGUUUGGACUGGCGGCGGACAAUGUUUUGGAGUUUGAGGUUGUGACUGCAGAUGGGGAGCUUGUUGUCGCGAAUGCAUGCCAGAACCAGGACCUCUUCUGGGCCCUGCGGGGCGGAGGUGGCGGAACUUUUGGAGUUGUGGUAUCCGCAACAUACCGGACUUUCCCGGCUUUCAGUCGUGUGAUCGGAACCUUUGUGAGCAUCAUCCCGGCGAAUGCCCCUAGUCUCCUUGAGGUAACCCGGCACUUCAUUGAGAUCCAGGGUGCGCUAUCGGAUGAGAACUGGGCGGGUUACUUUGAGAUCAGGCGCGAGAGGCUCUUUUUUGGAUAUCUCAUUCCCAACGGCGAGGCGUCGCGAGUGAACGAAACCUUGGGUGGCUUUCUGAGCUAUGUCCGGCAGCAGCAGGGGCUCACGAUCCAGGUUGCAAACGUGAAGGAGUUUCCAUCUUUUCUAGUUUGGAGACAAGCGGCGUCUUGCGCCUACUUCGGUGCACAAUGCGUGGAGAGUACUGGCCACAACUUGCAGAUUGCUUCCAGGCUGAUACCACGCGAGACGAUGGAGAAAUCGUCGAUGGAGCUUGCCCAGGCAUUGGUGAAUGUUCUUGACAAUGGGAUUGGGCGGAUCAUCGGCUGCUUUGUCGCGGGUGGAAAGGUGGCGGAGGAGCAAGACAACGCUGUGAAUCCCGUGUGGAGGAAGGCUCUGUGGCAGCUUGUGUUGCCCACCUCUUGGCCGGAAGGGACGAGUUUGAUGGAGCAAGACGUAAAGACCAAGGCACUCACGCAUGCAAACAGCCUCCUACGUGAUCUUACGCAAGAGUCCGGAGCUUAUCUCAACGAGGCCGAUUUCAACGAGCCUAACUGGCAAGAGUCAUUCUUUGGAGUGAACUUUGAGAGGUUAAAGUCGAUCAAAAAGGUGGUGGAUCCAAACAAGCUUUUCAGACUCACUUUCAUAAGGAUUGCAAAGAAGAAAUCCACGGAAUCCUUCUCCUCGGUGCCCUAUAUCGCCUCGCUCCUGAAUUGUAUUCUCUGGGUUCUGUAUGGCUCGCCAAUUAACAAAAACGCAACGCUGGUCGUCACCAUCAAUGGGCUUGGGACAGUUCUCAACGUGAUCUACGUCUUGCUUUUCUUGUUCUACGCGAGGAAAUCGCCCAAGGCACUGUACCGGAUUUUCAAGACCAAAAGCGUCGAGUUCUUACCUUUUUACCUGUGCUUGACCGUCUUCAUCAACAGUGCCCUGUGGUUUGCGUACGCGCUCUUGAAGCACGACAUUUACAUACUGGUGCCCGACGAGAAGGAAGCUGAAGAGAGUGAAUCCCCGGAUUUGGAGAGUGGAAUCGAGUUACCCAAGCAAAAUGGGAAAUUUGUUGACGUAGCUCUGAACACCUCUCCCACGGCAACGCAAUCGUGA